UCUGUGAUAAAUAUCAUACUUUGAUGGUAUUAUAAUUUAUCUUUUUUAAAGACCAUUAUGUAGUACACUAUACAUGUAUAAUGUAUUCACUGAUUAGAGAAUUACCACGAUACGAACAGCUAAUUUUCAUACUCGUCUCGGGCGAAAUACACUUGUCAGAUGUUUGUUGAUAACUACUAUCAUUUUUAAAUGUAUCUGUGCUACUGCAGUUGAUAAUGAUAUAAUUGGUGGUGGUUAUGUUGGUAUUUUUUUAGUCCGGAUCACGACAGGAAGCAACAUAUAAUUGAUACUACAGUAUAUAGGCUAAACGGAUUUGAAACUUCUCGGUCCUUUCCGUUGAACUUCGGACACAAUUAUAAGAAUACACAGAACGGAAAUGGGCAAAGUCGACAACUUUUUCUGUAGGAUUUUAUUACAGUCUUUAUUCCAUCUUGAAAUGGAUAAGUGAAAAAGUACAGCGAGUGGAAAAAUACAUGAAAGAUAAAUAUGAAACAGCACAAAAUAUCAUUGACAAAACAUUGACGAGAAGAUCUGGAAAAGAGGGUAAAGCUCAACCUCAUGUUAUUGUUAAAUCCAUGGAAGAAGGAUCUGCGACAAAUAAUCUAAAUUAUAAAGAGAAAGGGUUUGCUUCUCAUAAAAAUAUCUCACCAAAAGAGCGAAAAUCCGUUUGCAAGUUCACUCUAGAUAGUGAAGUGAAUUCCUCACAAAAUAACCACAGAUGUGCUGUAUAUAAUAAAAAACAGCUUGUUAUACGAAAUGGAACGUUUGUCAUCCGUUACACAUCGGUAGGCAAAUUAAGAUAUGAAAUAUCUACAGGACGAGGAACGUAUAAAAGCUACGAAGAACUACAGACAAUCGAUCAUGAUUCAAUGAAUUGUUCCGGUGACGAAUAUCAAAUUUUAGACGAAAACAACAAUGAAUCUAGAAGUACCAUUUUUGAUUUUCUUAAAUCUGCCAAAAAUAUAAAAUGGUGGAUAUAUGGUUUCAUUAUUGACAAGUACGUUUUUAUGAUUACACAGAUAAAGCUUCAAUAUACAAAUGAUACUGUUAACAAGCUGCAACUAUCUGUGGUUACGUCGGAGAUGUUCGAGGAAGCAAUGCGGGCUAGCCAGAUAUCAAUGAUUGAAUUGACAUUCACACAUUUAUUUCCAAGUGAUUGUAGAAUGUUUAUUGCAAUACCAAUCUAUAAAGAUGGUUAUAUCCAUAGAAAAGAUCAGCUAUGACCUUGACUGUUUUUGCUUUGUUACGUAUGCUUUAUUGAAAAAGAUUUAUUGAUUAAUGGUGCAUUAUUUUAUUUUUUGUGUUGCUACGUAUAGUGUGCUUACUUGAAUGACAAUACGUGUACCAUUUAAAAAUUAAAAAGAUGCAUCUUCUUUCUCUAACUUGCGUAUUUAUUUGAUUUUAUAUGACUAGUUAGGAUAGACAUUUGCCUUUGGUAUUGUAUUUAUUGAAUGGAGACAUAUAACAAAAUAAUGGUCCCGAGGAGGUUAUUAUAUAUAGUUUGUUUUUUGUGUAACAUAUAAGUUUCAAAUACUCGUUAUAUCAAGCCGUAAUCUAUAUAGAAUACAAUAAUCAACAAUUAUAACAGAAUGAGUUAUGUUUGUAUAUUAUUUAUAUUUUUAAUUAAACGUAUUUCGUUAA